AUGGCCUCACGCACCCCGUCCCUUGAGUCGCUGCCCGGUGCCAACUCAAUAGGUUCGCUGGAGCGUGGCUCCUUAUCGCCCCUGACUCUCAGUGGAUCCUCGCCCCCAGCGAGUGACUCCGCCGUAUGCGACCUCCGUGAAUUCGACGGUCUCGACACCACUUGCGCAAUCUGCCGAGAAACAUUUGUCGACCCCAAAGUACUCAAUUGCUUCCACACCUUCUGCCGGGCUUGCCUGGAGAGGGAACAAACGCACCCGGACAAAGUGACCUGCGUCACUUGCCGUGUAGACAGCCAACUACCAACUGCCGGCGUUCCCGGGCUUCUCACAAACCUCGUGAUAGCCGCCGCCGUCGAGCAGGACGCCGACCUCCUGCCAACUGCCCGUCAAACCAGCUCUCCUUCAGCCCGCUGCACCGGCUGCAAAUCCAAGGAAUCCGACGCCGUAGCACGUUGCGUCGACUGCGUAAAUUUCCUGUGCCCGAACUGCGUUAUGGCGCACCAAUUCAUGCAUUGCUUUGAGGGCCACCGUGUUCUAUCAUUCACGGACCUGAAAGAUGACAAGGGCUUACUAGGAUCUACAAUCAUCGCAAGCGGUGAAAAGACCGCAUUUUGCCCUAGACAUAAAAAUGAUAUUCUUAAGUACUUCUGCCGCACCUGCUCAGUGCCGGUAUGUAAAGAGUGCACGAUAAUUGAACACCCAGCUGCUCUGCACGACUGUGAGCAUUUAUCCGAUGCUGGCCCAAAGCAAUUGGAGUUGAUGCAAACCGCGGUAAAUGAAGCCAAGACACGAGCUACUGAAAUAAGACACGUAAUUAAAACGGUUGAACACGCUGCAGGCAAAUUACAAGUCCAGUACCACAAAGCUCAAAAUGAAAUAAACGAUACGUUCCAAUUCUACCGUUCUAUGCUCGAGGAACGUAAGCAAGAAUUGCUCAAAGAGCUUGAAAGUGUAUUUUCCACAAAACAAAUUGCCCUCACAGUAGUCGGCCAAAAAGCUCAAGAGACUGUUGAUAAGAUUUACCAAACGUGCGACUUCGUUGAUCGAUUGACUAAAUGCGCCAAUAUUGCGGAAAUACUAAUGUUCAGGAAAUUAUUAGAUGCAAAAUUGCAAACUCUAUUGAGUUCGAACCCAGAACAGUCAGUACAGACAGCUUGCGAGCUUGAAUUUGUUUCUAACUACCAAGCCAUCCAAGUUGGCGUAAGAAACACGUUUGGAUACGUGCGCUCUAGCUCAGAGGCGAACGUUGGCCCCACUAAACAGCCACCUAUUGCCCGCCCUACUAACGGCAAUCUCUUAAAUGGUGGAUCAUCAUCUAGUAGCAGCAGCGUAAACGGAAGUUCUGGUAGUCUGAACGGUGGAAUCCACCUACCAACGGGUUUGAACGGUGUACUUGACCGUCCUUAUACCAAUGGACUCCUAGGACCCACUAGCCAGUCCACAUCACCCUUCGAAUCCAACAUUAUCUCGAAACGAUUCAAUAGCGUGAACAGUCUGGGUCCUUUUUCGUCUGCUAUUGACAUUAACUUGAAUGGCAUCAAUCCUUAUGAGAAAUGGUCGAACGGAGGUUGUGAUUCACUUUUUCCGCCGACGACGACUGACCCCUACUCACUUACAUCAGCCACACACAACGAUCCUAUUUUAGACUUGACAAGCAAACUAAUUUCAACUGCCAUUUUCCCGCCGAAAUCUCAAAUUAAGCGACAAAAGAUGAUCUAUCAUUGCAAAUUUGGAGAAUUUGGAGUAAUGGAAGGUCAAUUUACGGAGCCAAGUGGAGUAGCUGUAAAUGCUCAAAACGAUAUUAUAGUCGCAGACACUAAUAACCACCGCAUCCAGAUAUUUGACAAAGAAGGCCGCUUCAAGUUCCAAUUUGGUGAAUGUGGCAAACGUGAUGGUCAACUACUGUACCCAAAUAGAGUAGCCGUAGUGCGCACUUCUGGUGACAUUAUUGUAACGGAAAGAUCACCAACACACCAGAUUCAAAUUUACAACCAAUACGGCCAAUUCGUACGCAAAUUCGGCGCUAACAUCCUUCAACAUCCUCGUGGAGUUACUGUUGACAACAAGGGCCGUAUUGUAGUUGUCGAAUGUAAAGUAAUGCGUGUCAUAAUCUUUGACCAGAUCGGUAACGUGCUGCAAAAGUUCGGUUGCUCGAAACACCUGGAGUUCCCUAACGGAGUCGUAGUAAACGAUAAACAGGAGAUCUUUAUCAGCGACAAUCGCGCGCACUGCGUCAAGGUGUUCAACUAUGAAGGUAUUUACUUGCGUCAGAUCGGUGGUGAAGGUGUCACUAACUACCCAAUUGGUGUCGGCAUCAACGCAGCCGGUGAAAUAUUGAUUGCUGAUAAUCAUAACAACUUCAAUCUGACUAUAUUCACGCAAGACGGACAACUCGUCUCUGCACUAGAAAGCAAAGUGAAACACGCUCAAUGCUUCGACGUGGCGCUAAUGGACGACGGUUCAGUGGUUCUUGCAAGUAAGGACUACAGGCUCUACAUCUAUCGCUACGUGCAAGUGCCGCCAAUAGGCAUGUGA